AUGGCUCAACAACAGAGACAAUUUCAGAUGGAAGGUAAUAACAACAAUGGUACGAACGAUACGAAGAUGACGAAAAUCUUCGUGGGAGGGUUAGCGUGGGAGACUCAGAGAGAUACAAUGAGACGUUACUUCGAGCAGUUUGGUGAGAUCAUUGAAGCUGUCGUCAUCACUGAUAAGAACACUGGACGAUCCAAAGGCUAUGGCUUUGUGACGUUUAAGGAAGCGGAAGCAGCGGUGAGAGCUUGCCAGAACACGAAUCCGGUGAUUGAUGGGAGAAGAGCUAAUUGCAAUCUGGCUUGUCUUGGUUCUCAGAAACCUCGUCCUCCUACUUCUCCAAGACAUGGAACAGGGAGAUUUAGGUCACCAGGAGGAGUCGGAUUAGUAGCUCCAUCUCCUCACUUUCGUGGCUCUUCUUCUUCCUCCUCUGCUUUUGUUCCUCAACAACACACUGCUCAGUUCCCAUUUCCUUAUGGGUUUUCUGGUUAUUCUCAAGAGGGAAUGUAUCCAAUGCAGCAGAACUACUACAAUCAUCAUCUCUAUGGAGGACAACAGUUUACGCCAUAUAUGGGAGGACAUCCAUCAUCAGGAGGAUCAACAGGAAUGUUCCAUGGUUACUAUCCUUUCUAUCCUCAGUACAAUGCAGCACAGAGUAGCAACCAUGCUCAAGCUCAAGCUCAAGCUCAAGCACAUCAUCAACAUCAUCAAGGUUUCAGCUUUCAGUACACAACUCCUCCUCCACCUCCUGCUCCUCCUCUGUUGCAGUAUCCUCCUUACUUGCCUCAUCAGCAAUUCAGCUCUCAACCGCCUCCUCCUCCAAUCCUCUCUCUCCCAACCUCGCUGGCUCUGUCGUUAUCAUCUUCAGCUUCAUCCUCUUCAACUUCCACCUCAGCUGCAACAACAGCAACUAAAGCAGUAGUUAUUACUUCAGCGACAAAGAAUGCAGCAGGUGAAGCUAGCAACAAAGAUGGUCAUGAAGCAGCAAUUACAUCAUCCAUCAAGAUAGAGGAUUGA